AUGACCCAGCAGCACCCCCUCCUCGCCCCGAUAUACGCCCCCGGCUCCGAGCCGUACCCUCCCGGAACGACGCAGGACGAGAAGGAUGAGGUCCGCAAGAUCCAGAACUGGACCAAGCAGAUGAACAUGGUUAUGGAGUCGUGCCCGACCAAGGUUGUUAUGGCCGGUGGAAUGGGUUUCCUGCUCGGUGGAUUCUUCGCUAUGAUGUCGGCGUCUUUCGCGAUCGAGGACCCGAUGUCGCGAGCAUCGCAGGAGCUCCGUGACCAGGGCAUGAAGGGCCAGGCGAAGCACAUGUUCAAGGAGAUGGGCCGCAACAUGUGGACCUCGGGUAAGGGUUUCGCCAAGGUCGGAGCCCUGUACUCGGGAACGGAGUGCUGUAUCGAGGCUUACCGUGCGAAGAACGACAUCUGGAACUCUGUCGCGGGUGGUUUCCUCUCGGGUGCGAUUCUUGCGCGCAACGCCGGCCCGAAGGCCAUGGUCGGUGGCGGUCUCGCGUUCGCCGGAUUCUCCGCCGCCAUCGACUGGUGGCUCCGGAAGGCGCCUGCUGAGGAGCCUUAA